AUGGCAACGACAGCGACAUGUAAAUGUGGUGCGAUACACAUCAAGAUCGACAAGAUAGUCGACGCAGGCAUGUGUCACUGUCUCAACUGCCGCAAGACGACAAGUUCAGCCUUCAGCAUCAACGCUGUCGUUCCGGCUACGGCAUUUCACCUCGAAAAGGGCACGCCGAAAUCUUUCCAAUCGCCUGGAGAUCCCGCUACAACGGCUACAUUGAACUUUUGUGGUGAUUGCGGAAGUGCUCUCUGGGUUGCAUCGCCAAAAAUUCCUGAGUUGAGGAUCUUGAAGGCUGGCAUAUUGGAUGGUGAUGAUGCACUAGAUCUGGAGGUCAUGAAGCCCUCCAUGGAAGCGUUUACGAAGAGACGUGCACCGUGGCUUUGUGCUGUGAAUGGUGCUGCGCAGUUGGAAGAAGGUCCAAAUAUGAAGAAGCCGGAAUGA